CUCGCCCCUCCCGGCGCGGGGCGGCAGUGCCCGCUGUCCCGGUAUCCCCGCCCCGCCGGCCGCCGCCGCCAUCGCCAUGAAGUGCUACUACGAGGUGCUGGGCGUGAGGCGCGACGCCGCCGAGGAGGAGCUGAAGCGGGCGUACCGCCGGCUGGCGCUGCGCUGGCACCCGGAUAAAAACCUCGAGAACGCGGAGGAGGCAGCGGAGCAGUUCAAGUUGAUCCAGGCGGCGUAUGACGUGCUCAGCGACCCACAGGAACGGGCCUGGUAUGAUAAUCACAGGGAGGCUCUGCUGAAAGGGGGAGUUGAUGGAGACUAUCAAGAUGAUAGCUUGGAUCUGCUGCACUACUUCACUGUUAGCUGUUACUCUGGAUAUGGGGAUGAUGAAAAGGGAUUCUUUACAGUCUAUCGACAAGUUUUUGAGAAGAUUGCGAAGGAAGAGCUGGAAUAUGUGACACAGGAAGAUAUUGAAGAAUUCCCUAUGUUUGGAUAUUCCCAUAGUGACUAUGAUACGGUAGUCCACCCUUUCUAUGCAUAUUGGCAGAGUUUUUGUACUCAGAAAAACUUUGCUUGGAAAGAAGAGUAUGACACACGACAAGCCUCAAACCGCUGGGAGAAACGAGCUAUGGAAAAAGAGAACAAGAAGACAAGGGAGAAAGCAAGGAAAGAGAGGAAUGAACAGAUCCGUCAGCUAGUAGCCUUUAUUCGUAAGAGGGAUAAAAGAGUACACGCUCACAGAAAACUUGUAGAAGAACAAAAUGCAGAAAAAACUAGAAAAGCAGAAGAAUUUCGGAGGCAACAGAAGCUAAAACAAGCCAAGCUUGCUGAGCAGUACAAAGAGCAGAGCUGGAUAACUAUGUCAGAUCUGGAGAAAGAGCUGCAAGAGAUGGAGACACAGUAUGAAAAGGAAUUUGGAGAUGGAUCAGGUGGUGAAGAUGAAUUAGAAGAACAGGAGACAAAAAGCAUUGAAGACAAACUGAAUGAUGAAACUGAAGAAGCUGAACUUGUUGAUGGUCUGUACUGCCCUGCUUGUGACAAAUUGUUAAAAACUGAGAAAGCCAUGAAGAAUCAUGAGAAAUCAAAGAAGCACCGAGAGAUGGUAUCGCUGUUACGACAGCAAUUGGAAGAGGAGGAAGGGAAAUUUGCUGUGUCUUCGGAUGAUGCAGAUGGAAUACAGACCAAAGAGGAGGAAGAAACAGAAGACAUACCCAAACAGAAACUCUCAAAGAAACAAAGGAAGAAGCAGAAAACAAUGAAGAGCUAUGAGGACUCUUUUGAUCAAAGUGCUGACGAAGAAACAGUUGAACAAAAGGACGUGCCCAGCAUGGAGAAGGACAGUGGCUCAACAGAGGAGUUGGUAAAUGAUGGCCAAAGAUGUGCUGUGUCAGAGGACACAGGCAUUACAGAUGAUGUCAGCCAAGAGAAUGAAACAAAAAGUGAAGCAAAAAGCAGCACUAAGCCUAAAGGGAAAAAAGCCAAGGAAGCAAAAAAGUCUGCUAAGGUGUCUUCAGAGAGCUCAACAAUGAGUGAAAUUCCUAUCCACUGUGUAACCUGCAACUGUGCAUUUCCAUCCCGAAAUAAAUUGUUUGAACACCUGAAAGUCACAGGACAUGCAAGAGCAACAACAACACCAACUGUAAAUGGAGCUGUGAACACCAAAAACAAAAAAGAGAAACGUAAAAACAGAUAGAACUUUGCUAUAGUGACAGUCUUCAGAAUUGUACAUUAACACUCUGAAAAAACUGAAACAUGCACACUGCCUGUGUCUGGAGUUAAACAAAGAAGGCAAGUACCAAUGUAGGAGAAAAAUGAAGAUGCAUACAAGGAAUACUAUCUUGUGGAAGACUGUGUGCUUUCUUCUGUUCUUAAAAGCCUUCCUUUAAUCAUAGAAUGGUUUGGUGUCAUGGCAGUGGUGGAUGUUCCUUCCACCAGGCCACCUUGUCUAAAGCCCUGUACCCUGAGCAGCUUUCACACCAUAGGUGGGGAAAUAGUAACUCAAAGCUAUUCGCCCUGUGUUCCUGUAGAACCUGCAUGGAUUAUUUCCACACAGAGGAAAUAAUAAAUUAUUUUGACACAUGUGCUGUUGCUUUUCUUUUGAGAGGGCUCAGCUCAGGGUGAGUAGCCAGUAGCAGGGCCUACGCUCUGUUGAUGAGAACAUGGUUCUAAGAACACCCAGGUCAUGGGUUUGGUCCUCUAUGGGCCAUUCUCUUAGGAGCUGGGCUUGAUGAUCCUUGUGGAUCCCUUCCAACUUAGAAUAUUCUUUGAUUCUUGAUCCUCUAUCAAAUAUGAAGCACUGCCAAGAUACGGGCUUUUCUUCUGCCACCCUCAAAUUACUUAAUUACAUAAGCAGCAGACAGAAGGGAAGAAGUUAGAUGACAAAGCUGUUUAACCAGUUUUGACAAUUCCUGUUUGUUUUUUACAUCUACCUCCAUGGCAGAAGUUGGGGAAAAAAGUGUAGUGGAACAGCCUUGCUGGAAUAAGUGAGGGAGAAAUAAAUGAGUAACAUGAAUGAAUUAAUUCGUUCUGAUUUCUAAGGAAAGGCACUAUGCUUCUGUUUAAAGGCAUAAUCUGCCUGAUCUUCAGUAGGAAAAAAAAAGGUGGGAUAACGAAUACCUAAUUUUGGAGUGGAAUUGGUUUGUACACAGGAGUUACGAAUGGAGUAGGAGAAGGCAGUGCUCAGCAAAGGCUGUACAAUAUUGUUUAAGACCCCUGGAGUAAGAUUUGGAGAGGUACUGUUGCUCUGUUACCAAAGUUCCUCUGACGUACUGGCAGAAUAAUCUCCUACCCCCAACCUGACAUGGUGCUUUACUGGGUCAAGGAAUUUUUCCAAUAUUAAAAUUGAAAUAAAAGUAAAAUGAUAAAUGUACAGUUCUUGCUGACUGUCCACAACAUCUGUUUUUUAUUAGAAACUGAAGGAAGCAAUGACAUUACACAUUAAAAAGUGAUUAUGUAAGAAAGAACAUUUUAUUUCACCUUCCAGAGUUUGCACCUUUACAAAAUGAUUAAUGGGUGUGCUGUGCAAUCCCAAAAGCAGCAAGAGGAAAAGAGAAGUGUAUUUUGGAGAGAGCAAUGACUGGAUUUCUUAUCCCCAUGAUAAAAAUAAUUACUGUAAUUAGAAACAUCUCAAUUGUCUGCAAACUUUUUGUAAUGCUCUAAUUACAAUGUGUCCUUGUAGGCAGGGUAAACAGUUUUAACUCUGAAAUUUCUUUCCCAACUCUUUCUGUCACUCUUUCUAAAAAUUACUGAUUUUGGUAGGAUUUUCACAGGGCAAAGAAGAACACAUGCCUGCCUCUCCAUUUGAUACCCUGUUAAUCCAGUCAGGGUUCUUUUGAUAAUGGCAAAAUAGGUGUGCAGUUCAUACAAAUCAGCACUGUAGAACUGAACUGUAGCUUUAUAAAACAGAUUACACCAUAUCCUUGUUGAACACUGUAUCAGUCAGAACGCUCUUAUGAUACUGAAUAAGCAUGUAAUCGUCACACUGUGAUUUUAUUUUCCAGGGUAGAUUAGUGCCCAGUCUGGGUUCCAAGUGUCAGGGAUUGUGUGUGCCUCUCAUGUAAGGAAACAAAUCUAUUUUGCAGCUGCUCUUUCCACGUGUCUCUGUAAAGCAGUACGAAAUACUUCCACAGCAAAGUCAACGUCCCUCUUAGUAAUGCACAUAGGAGGCUUAAUUCUGAAUGUCUGAGGAGAGAGAACAAAAAGAAAAAGAAAUGCUCAAAUUGUAUGGAAAGAAUAUGGUUUCAAGCAGCCUAUCUGGGUCAGCACUCCCGCCCCAGAAAAGUGAGGAAAAAAGGAGAACAGCAGUGCAGGCACUGAGGCUUAUGAUAAAUGUACUCUGAAGUGGAGCAAUUUUGAACUUGACUGCACUGAAUUGCAUCUGACUCAUGACCCCCUCUUGAUAACCUAACUGCCUCCACAAAAGACCUAAGUAGAGUAGGUCGUGUCUGCAGCUCUGUUUCAGCAGACACAGUAAAAUCUCAGAUGGAUUUGUACGAAGAAAGAAUAGAGACAGACGUAUUUUCCUUUCUUGCAGCUCUACCACAGGGAAAAGUAGUAUCUGCUGAGAGUGGCAGGCUCUCCCAAAGCCGAUUUGCUUUUUUAUUAUAGGCUGUUUUUAAAGGCUUUUAAGAGAAUGCAUUAUGCAUGAAUCACUAAAUACUACAUUGUA